UUGGGUUGUGUGCAAUUCGUGGGAGCGCUUUCGCGAGCGAAACCGAGCGUCCCAAGGGGGGUAAACGCGCGACGAGAAUGGAAUUAUUGUGCGGCGACAAUGAACCGCGUUACGAAUCGCGGCUACGGACGAUCGUGUAAUUUACUAGGUUUGUUAACCGUAAGACCGGGAAUCGUAAGAUCGGCCGGUGUGGCUCCGAGGCGUCUCGUUCUCUGACGAUCGUCUCCGGAUAAACAGUCGUCUCUCCUCGGAGAUACGGAGGGCUCUCCUCUUCUCGGCGAGAAACGGAGCGGUGAAUCGUCGCGAUUGCGAGGGGCUCGACAUCACGGAUCAUUUGGCGAGCCGUUCGCGCCGACAUGAGUCAGACGAGCGGGCGGACGAGUCGCGCUACCAGUCGUACGAACGGCCCCGUCAGCUGAUCGUUAUUAAACAACGAGAUGUGAGGUAGUGCGAGCUAAUUCUUCUCUAGUCGAACGUACGCAUCACGAUUACAAUUAUUCGCGGCCUGAUUCCUCCGCAUGCAUUAAGUGACUUGAGUGGGACUCGCGCGCCAAGUGGAAGAGCAGGAGCACUGGCCGGUAAUAACUAAAAUUUACAUGGCAACAUGGGGAACAAGAAUAGCUGCUGCGUGUACUCCAGUCCGCAAGUCGGACGCAAGGAGAUUGGGCCCGAGAGUGCCACGCGCAAUCUGGAGGAACACUUGCCGGAGGGCGGGAUCAGCGUUAAUAAUUUGCAACAUAUCAGUGAACGCGAGCCGGAAGACUGGGACUCCGAUCCGUCAUUGCAUCCGUGCGCGGGAACUAUUUUUAUGGAACGUUCGAAACAGGCUAUAGAAAACGGCAUGGUGAGGAAAAAGAGCCAACAUCAGAUAGCGGAUACAAGGCCUUUGAAGAAGAGUAGUAGCUGCAGUACAAUAUAUCUAGACGACAGCACAGUUUCACAACCUAAUUUGAAAAAUACCGUCAAAUGUGUUGCCUUAGCUGUUUAUUAUCAUAUUAAGAAUAGAACUUCACAGCGACAAAUUGAUAUAUUUGAUGAAAAGCUACACCCAUUGACGAGAGAUGGUGUUUCAGAGGAUUACGAUAAACACAAUCCAGAGCACAAACAAAUAUAUAAAUUUAUAAGGACUCUGUUUAACGCCGCUCAGCUCACAGCUGAAUGUGCCAUCAUAACACUGGUUUAUCUUGAGCGCCUACUUACUUAUGCAGAAAUUGAUAUAACGCCAGCUAAUUGGAAACGAAUAGUGUUAGGUGCUAUUUUAUUAGCAUCUAAGGUUUGGGACGAUCAAGCAGUAUGGAAUGUAGACUAUUGUCAAAUACUGAAAGAUAUCACAGUGGAAGAUAUGAAUGAAUUAGAGAGACAAUUUCUGGAGAUGCUGCAAUUCAACAUAAAUGUUCCUUCAAGUGUAUAUGCCAAAUAUUACUUUGAUCUUCGUACACUUGCAGAAGCAAACGAAUUAACAUUCCCUAGCGAACCUCUUAGUAAAGAAAAGGCACAGAAGCUAGAAGCUAUGUCCAGAGUUUACGAAGAUAAGGUUACAGCCGAAGCUCUACGUACCGGUAUUAAAAAAUGGUCCAGCUUAGAUAAUGUAUGCAUAGGUGGACCUAGACGUAGCAUUGCUAUUUUAUCCUAAAUAUAUACGGAUAUACAUGCGGAUAUAUCUCAACACAGACACAUGAUUUAAUGUUCAGAUCUUAAAGGUAUGUAAAAUUUUUGGCAAUAUUAUUACAUUAUCGAUCAAUUUUAAUUAUCUUAAAAAAAAAUUGUUUAGAUUUGUGUUACAUUUCUGUUUAAUUAUCGUGGAAAACAUUUGAUUUAUUAUAUACAUCUUUACAAACUGUUUUUAUACUGUCUGAGUUAGAUGUCUAAAUAUUGCAUGUACUAUAUGUAUCACUAAGUUGUACCAUAAUGGAUUUUCAGAUUUACAUUUCAGUUACAGAUUUAGAUUUACAUUUCAGUUACAGAUUUCGUUUGCAAUCACAAAAACUUAGAUUUCUAAAUUUAAUUAUUGCAGUGUCUCCUAGUUAUAAGACCGUUACUAGAUCGGCCAUUAUCUUACCUUUGGGGCGCGGAUCUUUUAUACCUUCCAGGAAAUUUUAUGAAUCUUGCCAGCAGCUCAUCCGGGAGAGUGAGCAAGAUAAAACGAUAUUUUACGAUGUCGGCUAUUUUAGCUUUCGACAUCGGAUAUGAUUCGGGACUCGCUCAAAAAAAGAGGAGAGUAAGCGCGAUCUUACAUAACGAAAAUCGGUCUUAUAACCGGAAGAUUCUCUCUGUAUAUAUGUACUCUAAAAUUUAGAUACCUCUCAAUUCAUUGUAAUUUCUAAUGCAUUAUUCUUAUUAUCUACGCAUUAGAGAAUCGAGAGGCAUUUUAAUAGAAAACAAAUUUCAUAUUUAUCGGCUUUUUUUGUUCUUAAUUGAAAUAAUUCCUGAUCUUCGAUUAAUUCGAUUAAUUAUAUUAUACCGUUAAUUAAGAAAAACUAGAACUAUUAUAAUCUUGUUUGUCAUAUAUUGAUGAAUAUAUUUCUAUUGCUUAUGCAAAGAUUCUACUGUCUGGGACCUUGUAAUGUGGAUAUAAUAAAGCAUACGAGAAUGAAGCGCAUUGACGAAGCAAACGGAACACACGCUCACUAGAAAAAGAAAAAGAGGAAAAGAUACGAUUUUUGUAUCAUACAUCUUACGCUACAUGAUCAAGGUCAAAUUGUGAGAUACCAUUAAUGUAAUUGUGUAUCAUAUGCCACUAAUUGACUUGAGUAUGAUAUAAUUUAAUAUUUUGUACCUAUACCGAUUAGAACUUUAAAUAUAAGAUAGUCUUAUAUUGUACGCGACUGGUUACGUCUAUAAGAAUUAAAAUAUAAUCUGAAGUUCCCUUGAAUUUUCAGAAUGCCGUUUGCGGAAAAGAGCAAUUACGAUUUAUUAUUAUUUUUAUAUUUUAUUACUCGAAAGUCAGAGAGUAUUGUAAUGGUUGAACUUAUAAUAGAGAGAGACUGUAGUAGAGCGACUGUAAAGUCCAAUCAAUGUGCGCGAUCGAGAGGAAACGAAUUAACAGCGUAUAUUCUUAGCUUUUAAUAGCAUGUUGUAUAGUAUACCGGAUGGUAAACGGUAGUAUAACAUAUCUGCAAUUUCUGUCCAGAGAUUACAAUCUUUUAUUUUGCUGUCGGAUUUAUAUAAAAAUAUAUUUUUACUGCAUUAUAUAUACGAAAUACAAGAUAGCUCCAUACAUAUGUAUUGUGCUACAUAUGCUGCAAAGAAAUAUUUAUGCAGCUUGUAAUCACCGAGCAAUUGAUACACUGUGCGAUGCCAAAAUGUUGUUAAAAAUAUAUUGUAUAGAUUAAUGCACACACGUACACCUAAAUGUAUACUGCACCGCGGGAUUUUCAUUCGCUUUACGCUGAUUUUCCGAAAAAACUAAAUCUCUAUAAAUUUUCACGUGCAUGACUAUUUUUAUAAAUAGGGAUUCAUUAAUAAAGACAAUCUUCGAGUCUUAUUGCGUCCUGUAAAUAAAUUGCCGACUUCGUGUAAGAUUCAUAUAAA